AGUAUCGUGCCGGCUGCGCAAGAGCAGCCUGCAAAGGUAGCUUUUCCAAUAAUGAAGAACCCGUGGUAACUGUCAGUCCGCUCGUGGUGCAUUUCGUCGACUGUUGUGUGUUGCGCACACGCUCGGUGUGCGUGUGCGUGUGUGCGCGCCGUGUGUUGUUUUUAUCCGGUGUUUUAGCAGGAGAGACAAGAGGCUUCGUCCGAAACUGACGGAAGAAUAAGGAAAAGAAGAUGUGAUUUGAGAAACACGGGGAAUUGGCACGCUUUUGUUCUCCGUCCCGGUCCGCGAUUUCGACCGAGAGAGAGAGAGAGAGAGGAUUUGAUUCGAGAGAAAACGCGUGCUUUCGUGCAUAAACGAAACUACUUGGCUCGUCGCGAUAUCAAGGGUACGCACGACGCACGCACGCACGCACGCACGCACGCACGCACCCACAGGAUGGACAGGUGGAGGAGGAUUAUUUGAAAGGACGAAGAAAUGAAGACGCUUCACGGGAAUCCUGAGGAGAUUCGAAUGUUCUAACGAUCGAGACGGAAGAACGUCGGGAACGUGAAACAAAAUGGGCAAGUGUUGUAGCAAACGACAGGAGCCUCAACCGAUCGGUUACACGAAAGCAGAAACUGGAUUGAGCUCGAAGCACAGCAAUGGCGGUUCCUUGGACCGAUACACAGCCGAUCCAAACCAGAGAGGCGUGCAAGCCAGGGCGGAUAUUAUCCGUCCGAGGCCGACACCUUGUAAGCUACAGAUACCGCAUCACCCACGUAAAACAAGCUCGCCUGUCGUUAUGCCUGCAUCUCACUCCCAACGAGCGAACAAAAUCGUCGUGGCUCUGUACAAUUACACGGCUCGCGAGAGCACCGACGUGAGCUUCGUCAAAGGCGACAGAAUGGAAGUUUUGGAUGAUUCCGAGCCUGACUGGUGGAAGGUUUUACACUUGACGACCCUGCAGGAGGGUCUGAUCCCGUGGAACUUCGUAGCGGUCGAACGUUCCGUCGAGAGCGAAGAUUGGUUCUUCGAGAACGUCUCGCGUAAGGAAGCAGGAAAGUUGUUGCUGGUCGAUGAAAAUCCACGCGGCACGUUUUUGGUCAGACCGAGCGAGCACAAUCCAAGGGGUUACAGCCUGUCGGUAAAGGACUGGGAAGAAGGCAGGGGUCAUCACGUGAAACACUACAAGAUCAAACCCUUAGACAAUGGCGGCUUCUUUAUCGCCACGAAUCAGACAUUCCCAACCUUGCCAGCUCUCGUUAUGGCGUACAGCAAAAACGCGUUAGGCCUUUGUCACGUUUUAUCGAAGCCCUGCCCGAAGCCCCAGCCGGACAUGUGGGAUCUGGGCCCAGAAUUGCGCGACAAAUGGGAGAUCAACAGGAACGAGAUACAGCUGAUAAGGAAAUUGGGACACGGUAACUUCGGCGAGGUUUACUACGGCAAAUGGCGGAACAAAAUCGAAGUGGCGGUGAAGACGCUUCGUCCGGGUACCAUGUCGACCGAAGCGUUCCUCCAGGAAGCCGCGAUAAUGAAACAGUUUCGUCACCGACACUUGGUCGCCCUCUACGCGGUCUGCUCCAAGGAGGAACCGAUUUACAUCGUCCAAGAGUACAUGUGCAACGGGAGUCUCUUGGACUUUUUACGUACCGGCGAUGGCAAGUACAUGCAAUUCGAGGACUUGAUUUACAUCGCCGCCCAGGUUGCCUCCGGGAUGGAACACCUCGAGAGCAAACAAUUGAUACACAGAGAUCUAGCGGCUAGGAACGUUCUCAUAGGCGAGAAGAACAAGGCAAAGAUUUGCGACUUUGGCCUCGCUAGAGUGAUCGAGGACGACGAAUAUUGUCCCAAACAGGGAAGUAGGUUCCCGGUAAAGUGGACCGCUCCCGAAGCCAUCGUUUACGGAAGGUUCAGCAUCAAGAGCGACGUUUGGUCCUAUGGUAUUUUACUCAUGGAGUUAUUCACUUACGGACAAGUUCCUUAUCCCGGUAUGCACGGCCGAGAAGUGAUCGAGCAAGUCGACAAAGGUUACCGUAUGCCCAAACCAUUGAAUCAUCCACUGCCGGACAGUAUAUAUCGAUUAAUGUUACAGUGCUGGGACGCCAGUCCCGAGAAACGACCCACCUUCGAGUUCCUUAAUCAUUAUUUCGAGUCGUUUAACGUCACUAGUGAAAUACCUUAUCUCGAGCCACCGACGGACUGAUACACAGCCCACAUGCAGAGUCACAUGGUGCCGCACGGUCAUUUUCAUACAGCGCACAUCAACUGUGCCAUGGAAUUUUACGGUAUUUAUUGCUAAAGAAUAAACGCAAAAACGGCGAUAACCAAGUGGGAUCGUUAUUGUUGACGAUGACGUCGGAAAAUUGAGAAACCGUUGAUCGAAAUCCGUUACCGACCAAGGAAGCCAAUGGAAAAAUACUAAGGACGAAUGUGCGACUCGUUUCUUGACGCAAUAGGGAUGAUUACGGCGAUUUUAUAAGAACGCGCGACUAUUCUUUACGAUAGAGAUACUCUCUCUCGAUGACGGAAAACCUUGUGUGCCAUGAACUUUAUCGAUUUCAUAGGUAUUAUUUAUCAGGUUAACAUUCUUCUGACCAAUCGUGAAUAACUGCCGAAAAAUCUUUCAACGUCUUACGUAAGAGAAAUAAAAGAAAAAAGAAAAAAAAGAGCGAAGAAGGAAACGACUAUCUAAAAAGUACCAAAUUGAAUUAAGCUUCGUGACCAAUUGUGAAUAACUGCCGGAUUUUUGAACCUCAUGUGUUACCCCGACUGAAAUGAAAGGAGAGUAUAAAAAUUUGUCUCGCGUGCGUGUGCGUGGGUGUGUGCGUGUGCGUGUGCGCGUGCGCGCAAACAUAUGAAAUCUUGAAUGAAUCGUUCGUCAAACGUUUUCACCAUUUUGAGAAAUAUUAAGUGAACGAUGUUUGAUCGAAAUAUUAAUAUUAAUUAAGGUGUGUAGAGCAGUAGCGUUGAUACGAAUUGAAAGGUAGUAUAGGUAGUAUUUAAAAGUCAUAGAUGAUAUAAUCAUAUUUUAGACCGUUAGAUCGUUGUCGAUUUCGAACGGAUAAAGAGAGAAAGAGAGAGAUAACGAUACGUAAUAAUAAUUUUUGUCAUUGAUCUCCGAUCGUAGUCGAGUUUUCCUAAUGGAAAGAAAUCUUUCGACACCCUCAAAAAUUAUCGUACGGAUUAAUUAUUCAUCAAUUGUUAUAUCGAAUAUCGUCAAAAAUGCACAAAUUAAUGUGUCGAUGAAACGAAACAAAGAGAUUUCGCGACUAGGGAAUAUGAUUAUACACUUACAUGGUACACGUCAUGUUUGAGUUUCAUUUUUGUUUCUUUUAAGACAAAGGCAUACUAGUUUGUUUAUAUCAAGGAUGCAAGUAUUUAAUCCAGUACCAUUCGUACGAUUAUUUUUAGCUGUGAUUCUUCGCUAAGUCGCGAAAAAUACCAUGAAAACGGGAGACCAACGGUGUGCGGUUAAUCUAUUUUCUUUGCGUUUAACAAAUUAUGCAUUAUAUCUGCAAUAGCUACGAUAAAACAAGUUACGUACGUGCAAGAUCUUUCCUUUAGAUUGCACUUUUCGCGAAAUAUUGUCGAUUAUGACGUGUGAGGUAUUAGAGAUUAGUGUUUUCGCAAUUGAUAAUACGGGAGAGAGAGAGAGAGAGAGAGAGAGAGAGUGCGUGUGUGAGCGAAAGAGAGAAAGAAAGCAAGAAAGGAAGAGUUUAAAAAAGUUACUAAAUUGGUAUAAACCAGAGUAUGCGCGCGCGUGUGUGUACAACGGAAAAAAGAAACUUUAUAUUAUCUCCUUGCGUACGUGUGCGUGUGCGAUGCGUAAAAGAUGCGAUCUAGUAGAAAAUGGAACGCAAGAUAUAAUAAGCCAUCGAUGUUAUUCGUACAAAAUGUCUGAAUGAAAGAGGAAGAAAAAGAGAGGAGAAUUGUAAAUUUUUUACUAAAGAUACAUACGAACGACAAGUUAAAAUUAGAACGUAGAUGAAAAAGGUAGGAACGUUAAAAAAUAAUUAAACGCGAUAGUUAUUCGAAUCUCCUGAGAAAAUCGAUACGUCAUUUAAUCCACGUAUCCGCACGUUUUCCUUUUUAGAGAGGGAGAGGGUGUCCGAUAUUUCGUCUAUUUCGUCGUCGUCCCAUGCGAAAUCGUAUCGUUAGGAUUAAGUCUAUGGAUAUAAAUCAUUAGUUUAUCGAAAUUUCAUUGUGAAGAGAGAAAGAGAGAGAGAAAGAAAAUAAUUGUGUUACGCGUGUCCUAACUAAAUAUUUUUCACGAGCAUUUUACUGCGAAUUAGUCGAUUGGCGCGACAUUAACGAAAAUUAAAAAAAAAAAAAAAAAAGAAAAAGAAAAAAAAAAGAAAAAAAACACGAGAACGCGAGAAAGAAAAGAUGUAAGCGGUGAUAUGCGCGUUAAAAAUGUCACGUUUCGUAGCUUUAGAUAGCUAUUACCACGUCCAGUACAUUUUUCUAUGAGCGUUUUAUACUGAUCAAAAUGUUGUUGUUUUCUCGUGAGGUUUAGAAAAAGAGGAAUGAUCAUUUGAAAGUUUUGCCGACGAUCGAGUGUCGCCGUAGUAGUUUGUAGAAUAGUUUUAUGCAAGUUCGAUUCCAUAUAACAAUGGAUUAUGAGGUGGAAGAAGAGAAAGAGAUACAGAUUGCGAAAAAAAGAAUGAUUUCAUUGAUAUCGAGCGCAUCGGUAAUAGACCAGAGAGACUUCUUUUCCCCCGCUAUCUAUUUUAACUUUUUUUUUUUUUCGUUUCUUCUAACUUUAGACUCUUGCAAAAGCAUCACGUGAUCGACGUGCUCGUUUCUUCGUCGAAGAGGAUAAAUCAUUUUUAAGAACAAACGAUUCGCCACGUUCCCACUGCCAUUCUAUAAUUAAAAGAAUCAAACGUUACGGCGGCAAUUCCAAAGGCAUUCUCAUUCGUUCUAUCGUGUACCUAACGAAAGAAAAUACGAGCCCUAUGGCUCGCUUGGUGUAUAUCGUGAUACUAUCUCGAUUCGACAAAUUCCUAUCUCUAUGAACGCGUAUCUCGCCGUUGCCCCGUUCAAAUGAAAUCUUGAUAAAUCUGUGAUAUAGCGGCAGACCUCACGUUUUGAUACAGAGUUUGAACAUUGCACGGGAUUACCGCGACAUUACACGUAACUAAUGUUGUGUAUAUAGUAACAAGUUUAACGGUUGGUUAUUCGUCGCGAAUUACAUGCACUUUCGAACGAUAACAGCAGCAGCAGCAACAACAACAGCAGCAGCAGCAACAACAACAACAACAGCGGCAGCAACAGCGGCAGCAACAACAAAAUGGUCGUCACGUGGUGCGCGAGCACGGAACAAAAGAAAUAUUUUUUCAUUGUAUUCGAUCGUUCUAACGUAACAGACGCCACGUAAAUACGCGAUUCACCACGCUAUUCUCUGAGAUAAAAGAAUCUGUAUAUGUAUAACGUCAUCAUUUUUUAUGUACCAAAGCUUAUUAUCAUUAAGUAAUUUAAUGAUUACUUUGUAUUAUUGGAUUAAUUACCUUAAGCCUAUACAGAUAAAUAUAUUAUGUACCAUA